CGCCAGGAAACCACUAAGCACGUCGUAAAGCAUUCGCACCUUUGCCUCCGAGUUGUCAUCAUUCCACCUGCCUGUGUCUGCAGCACACCAACCACACAACACCGCAUGCAUCAAUUGAACGACAACAUCAGAGCAUUCCAUCCACCGGGUCUCUGUUAUUUGACGAAGCCGAGAUAGACGAAAAGUUCAGGUGACUGGCUGGUUUCCCAGCAAUACCAGCCGAGUCGUGCACCCCGAUGCCAAUCACGAUCUGCCUCAUUCCGACCGAACGUGCAUCAGCAUCAAUAUUCCAUUCUCCCCCUCAACAUGGCACCUCUACUUCCAGCCCUAGCAGCAAGUGCCAGGACCUUACUGUCUAGAGCGGUUGGGUCUACAAACGGUCUCACCGACCGCUCGCCCUCGAACGCGCCAUCGGCACCUUUCGGUGAACUCGGUCCUCUAGCCGCCCGUUCUUUGCUCCUCGCGCGAGAUGACAGCGGUCAGAUCGACCCAAGCAAGGGUGCCAUCAACCCUCACGACAUCAACAACGGUGGUAUCUUCGCACUUUUCGCCCUGAUCGGCGUAGGAUUGGUUUGCGGUGGCAUCUGGUUCUUCUUCUGGGCCAAGAAUGGCGGCUUCGUGUUCAAGGAGAAUGACUGGGAUGACUACAAGACGACGGUGUUGAGACGCAGAGGCCCCAACGGCACCCUGUUGUCCAACGCAACCAAAUCGACCAAACUCGGCGGUGGCAGUAUAUACAAGGACCUGGACGACACUAGCACCGAGUACACAGGCGCGCAGACCCACUCCCACCUCGGCACGAACGACACGGCCAGCACGCUGUCAGGCAUCACAGCGGGCGCAUCGGACAUUGCAUCCCGGGAGAAGCGAGCCCGGAAGCGAGAGCGAAGGGAAAGGGAGAAGGAGAAGAAGAAGGACCGCAAGAGCCGCCACGGCCGCAAGGUCGGAGAAGACGGAGCCCUGGUCGACGAGGAAGCUGAGGCAGAGGCCAAGGAAGCCGUGCGUCAUUACCGCCAUGAGCGACCGGCCCGCGUCGGCGGCCUGAACAAGGAAUCAGAAGGCAGUCAAUGGGACGGCUCGAACCCGAGUAACUCAACUAGCGCCGGGAGCGAUCUGCUCAGCAACCGCCAGAGCACCCCAACCAACACGCCGACCAAGGAGAAGUCUGGCGGCAUCAGGAAGGUUUACAGCACGGCGGACCGCAACGCGUCCCGCGAGAACGAGCGCAUGAGGGCUGAGGCGCGACGACUACAGGCCAAGGACCGGGCGGUUGGCAGGCGCGACUUCAGUUAUCAGCGUGCUGAGAGUUAUCAGGGACGCGGUGGUCAUGGUACUAUCGAGGAGGAGAGCGAUAUUGGCAAGAGCGAGAUGACGGGUAGCGGGUACUUGCUGGGUGAAGGCGACACGACCAGUGAUGUAGGAACCAAAUCUUACACUCAUCACAUCCCGGGCUUGUCGUCGGUAUCGAGCUCGGCUGGGGGCACAGACGUGAAGGAUUAUGCGGAAGAGAGAAGGAAGAAGCGCGGUGCAGAACGAGGGUACCGACGCGGGCAGUGAUGGGUGUAAGUUUCAUGAAAUGGAUGGCCUGGAUACAUGCCGCAAGAAGAUACGAGGCAUGGACAUGGGAUGAACUUUCAUGUUUGUUUUCAGGGCUGGUGUCAGAACUCUCAGAGGCAUCCUGCGAGGGAGGAUUUCGAUGGAUUUGUUUGCUAUGGUAUGCAUGAGAAACGAUGUAAAGCGUGAGAGAAGCCAUACGGCUGGAGGGGGGGGGUUCGAAGUCAUAAUGGCGUUUGCCUUUAUUUUUUUCUCUGGGUUGCUUCAGCGUAUGAGAGUUAUGUAUGUAGAAUAGGAUCGUCGAUCACUUAGAGAUUGAUUCAAGAACAAAAAUGAACCGAAUAUGUCAAUUUGGCCAGCUUAAUGUCGUAGUCUGUCGAGUGGACGAGGAUAGGGUUUGGAUCAGUCCGACUACUUGAGUAGGAGCUCAUAGAUGAG